CCCAGUGCCGCUCUGCGCAUGCCUUUCCAGCCAAACGCUUCCUAGGAGCCUCCCACUGGAAACAAACUUUCACUCGAACUAUGUCGCGACCCUGUCCUCCGGAGCCAGUCAGAAACAGUUUGAUAGAUGAUGCUAAGGCCCGCUUACAAAAGUAUGACGUUGGGACCAAAUAUUCUCACUUGUCGUCUAAUAAAUAUUCCAUCCUUUUACCAUUGUUGGCUAAAGAAGGAAAACUUCAUCUGUUGUUCACCCUCCGGUCAGAGAAGCUAAGACGGUCCCCUGGGGAAGUGUGCUUCCCUGGAGGAAAGGCUGAGCCUACAGAUGUGGAUGAUGUGGCCACAGCUCUCCGGGAAGCCCAGGAGGAAGUGGGGCUGCGUCCUCAUCAGGUGGAGGUCAUCUGCUGCCUGGUGCCGUCUCUGUUUGAUAAAGAUACACUCAUCACACCAGUUGUAGGGUUUGUAGACCACGACUUCCAGGCCCAGCCUAAUCCUGAUGAGGUUAAGAAGGUGUUCCUGGUACCUCUGGAAUAUUUCCUGCAUCCACAGAACUACCACCAGAACCACCUGACACAGUCUGGUCAUCAUAUUAUUAUUCAUUGCUUUGAGUACACAAACCCCGAAGAUGGUGUGACUUACCAUAUCAAAGGAAUAACUGCAAAAUUUGCUGUGUUCGUUGCCUUAAUUAUUUUGGAAAGAAAACCCACCUUUGAGGUUGAAUUUAAUCUCAACGAUCUAAUGUCAUCCUCUGAAGAGAUCUUCCUGAAGCUUCGUAAACAGGCAGCAAGCAAGUUAUGAUUUAUGAGACCAACAAGCAAAUAAAGAAGAAGCUUUUGUGUGUGCUUACCCACAGAACAACAAUAAUGCCAGCGGGUGGAUUUUGACAGGUGCGAAUAUUUUUCCUGCAAUCUGGAGGUAAAAACCUCGCCUCAUUUCCACUUACUCUCUACUAUCUGAAAGAGCAAACGUCUUUCAAAAGUGGAAAAUGUGUUUAUAAUAUUGCAUAAUUUCACCCUCCAUACAUUAACACUAUUUUUCUUACACAUGUAAGGAAAAGUAUCUGGCACAUAGUAGGCACUUAAUAAAUAUGUGGCUUUUAUCUUAUUUGUAAAGGUAA